AUGAAGUCUGAUGUAGAUUUCAGAGCUGCUUAUCCAGAGGUUUUUCAGGGUUUAGGCAAGCUACAAGAGUCUUACCACAUUCAGCUAGAACAGGGAGCUACACCGGUGGCUCUAUCUGUCCCCAGAAGGGUCCCCCUCCCCCUCAGAGAUGCAGUGCGUGCAGAGCUACACAGAAUGGAAGGAAUGGGAGUUAUUUCUAAGGUUACUGAGCCAACAGCAUGGUGUUCAGGCAUGGUAGUCAUCCCCAAACUAGGUGGGAAGCCACCUAGGAUAUGUGUAGAUCUCACACCUUUAAACGCAGUAGUAAAAAGAGAACGUCAUAUCCUUCCAGCAGUAGACCAAACACUAGCGAUGUUGACAGAUGCUAUGGUGUUUACAAAACUGGACGCUCGAUCUGGAUUUUGGCAAAUCCCUCUUACUCCACAGUCAAGGCCCCUCACAACUUUCAUCACUCCUUUUGGGAGAUAUCACUUCAACCGCCUCCCAUUUGGAAUAUCAUCGGCGCCAGAACAUUUUCAGAGGAGGAUGUCUCAAAUGCUCGAGGGCUUUGAGGGAGUCAUCUGCCAUGCCGAUGAUGUGCUUGUCUAUGGCAGGGACAAACAAGAACAUGACCAAAGACUUCACCGUGUGCUCCAAAAGUUUCAAAAAGAAGGACUCACUUUAAAUGAAAAAUGUGAGUUUGCCAAGACUGAAAUCAUGUUUGUGGGUCACAAGGUUUCGGCAAACGGCAUUGAGCCCGACCCAAACAAAGUCAAGGCGAUACAACAGCUGCCGCAACCCACAUGUGUGGCAGAUGUGCGAUGUCUCAUGGGUAUGGCCAACUACCUUGCAAAGUUUGUGCCACAGCUCGCCACGAUAACAAUGCCAUUAAAGGAUCUGCAAAAGGAGAGAAAUGAAUGGAGUUGGGCAGAGCCCCAAGAAACAGCUUUUCAAGGACUGAAAGGGAUACUAAGCUCUCCAGAAGUACUUGCUCAGUACUCUAACAUGGCAGACACAAGAGUGGCAGCGGAUGCAUCGUCAUAUGGGAUUGGAGCUGUUCUUACACAAAAGCAGCAAGAUGGUUCAUGGCGACCCAUUACAUACAUUUCAAGAGGACUAACAGACACCGAGAGGCGCUACGCCCAAAUUGAAAAGGAGGCGUUAGCUGUCACAUGGGCAUGUGAAAGACUGUCAUCAUACUUAAUGGGUCUACAUUUCACUUUAAUGACAGACCAUAAAUCUCUGGUCCCUCUGCUCAGCACUAGGGGCUUGGAUGAUCUUCCCCCGAGGGUCUUGAGGUUUCGUUUAAGACUGCUACGCUUUACCUUUAACAUCAUUCAUGUGCCAGGAAAGAACCUCGUCACAGCUGAUGCCCUGUCUAGAGCACCGCUACCUGGUCCGCCCUCUGCAGGUGAGCUGCAGUUUGAAAAAGAGGUGGAAGUUUUUGUUGACAGUCUGGUGAUCUGUCUCCCAGCCUCAGACAGGAAGUUGGAGACUGUAAAGACGGCACAAAAAGAAGAUUAUGUGUGUAGAAAAGUGAUUGAGCACUGUUCCACUGGAUGGCCAGAGAAAUGCCAGCUAGACCCAGACAUUAAGCCCUUUUGGCAGCAUAGAAUGGACUUUCAUCUUGCAAACGAUCUUCUGAUGAAAGGACAGAGAUUGGUAAUACCACAUAUCCUCAGAACAAACAUUCUAGAGCGUCUGCAUGAAGGCCAUCAGGGGAUUUCCAAGUGCAGAGCCAGAGCUCGAGAGUCUGUUUGGUGGCCAGGCAUUUCCACAGAGAUUGGUCACAUGGUGGAUAGCUGCGAGAUAUGUCAAAAACACAGGGUACAGUCUCACGAACCACUGAUACCAACUCAGGUCCCAGACCGCCCAUGGCAAAAGGUCGGUAUGGAUCUUUUUGAAUGGUCCAAGAGACAAUACCUUCUCUUAAUAGACUUUUUCUCAAGAUAUAUUGAGGUAGUUGAGCUUAAGUGCACUUCGGCUGAAGUCACCGUUAAAGCUAUCAAGGAGAUCUUUGCAAGACAUGGAACUGCAGAGACUGUUGUUUCUGAUAACGGGCCACAGUUUUCCUCAGAGCUAUUCAAAAUGUUUGCAGAGGAGUAUCAGUUCACACAUGUCACCAGCAGCCCACGUUAUCCCCAAGCCAACGGGGAGGCCGAACGUGCAGUGUGGACUAUAAAGGACUUGUGGAAGAAGGAUCCUGAUCAUAGCUGA